CGCUUCUUGCCGGCCACAUCGUUGUGCAAUCAGUCCAACAGAACUUGAAACCGCGGGUGAAUCAAAACAAACGGCGAAAUUUCCUCUUCUAGUUCCGCGGCGGGCGAAGCAAACGAAUACACAUUCAAUCGGCCUGCUCAGUAUCACUCACAGUUCGCUCGUGGUCCGGGCCGGUUCGCUUUUUCGUUUGCUCCUGCUCCUCAUUUUCUGGUGGAGGAGACCGGUCAUUUAAGUUGGGAAGUAGUGCAGGAAGAAGGGUAUUCCCCGCGUGAGUAAGAGUGCUGUGCUUGUGUAAUUGUAUAGUAGGUAUAGUUCUACUUUCAUUCUAUCUACAGAAAAGAUUGAUUUGUUUGGGGGUUUCGGGAAGAGUCUCCUAGAGGAACUAGACAAUAGAACCGAUUGAUUGUCUGUGUGUGGGAUUGACCUUGAGCGAAUAAUAUCGGAGAUUAGCACGAGGAAUGUUCCAAGGUCUCGUAUGAUAGAUAGUCAUUGAUAUUGUGCUGAGUUUGCAAAAAGUCCUACAGGGACAUUGGCUCCGAAGAUAAAAACGCUUCUUAGGUGACCGUCUCGUCAUUCGAUCUGUUCUUAUCUAAAGCCUGUUGAAUUCGGUGCCUCUUAUCGCUUGGCGCGAUACAAGAUUGGCUAUUCGCGGCCAAUUUACCUGAACAGUGUUCUAGAAGGUGUCGAGCGCGGCAAACCGGUUUUUUGCCGAAUUCUUUUUGCGUGUGGCUUAAUCGGAAUAAGCUGCUAUCACUUUGUCUCCUAUCCCGUUGAGCUGUUUGAUUCCGGUGGAUUAAAACUCUCUGUUGUGACUAAUUGAGCUUACAGCCCUGGAGCGCUAGUAGCAGCCAUGGAAGCCAACAAGCAAUCUGUUGCGCUUCCAGUGUGUCCCGCCCAAAAUGCCAGCUUCCUUUCGUACAUCGUGUUCGGUUGGGUCUUGCCCAUCUUCUACAAGGGCUCCAAGAAGGAACUGGGUCCGGAGGAUCUCUACCAACCGCUGACGGCACACAAAUCGAGUAAAUUGGGCAACGACCUUUGUCGAGCCUGGGAGGACGAGGUGGCAAAUAAACGCGCCAAAGGCAAGGAACCAAGCCUGCUGCAUGCUGGUUUCCGAGUGUUCGGAUGGAACAUCGUUUUGCUGGGACUGAUUCUGUUGGUGCUCGAGUUGGCCUUCAAGGUGACGCAACCGAUCUUCCUCGGUGCCUUGGUGGCCUACUACUCCAAGCAGAAUGGGGACAUCAAUGAGGCUUAUCUGUACGCGGCAGCCGUUGUCCUCUGUAGCGCUAUCAGCGUUCUGUUCAUGCACUCGUACAUGCUUUCCCAGCUGCAUCUCGGUAUGAAACUUCGGGUGGCAGCCUGCAGUAUGAUCUAUCGGAAGUCACUCCGGUUGAGCAAGACCGCACUCGGGGACACCACAGCCGGGCAGGUUGUGAAUCUGCUAUCGAACGACGUGGGCCGACUGGAUUUGGCCGUUCUGUUUGUGCAUUAUCUGUGGAUUGGCCCGCUGGAGACGAUCGUUGUCACGUAUCUGAUGUACAGAGAGAUCGGCAUAUCGGCGGUAUUUGGUGUGAUAUUCCUGCUGAUGUUUAUUCCACUGCAAGCAUAUCUGGGCAAGAAGACUUCGGUUUUGCGGUUGCAAACAGCUCUCCGGACGGACGAACGUGUGCGACUGAUGAAUGAGAUCAUCCAGGGCAUUCAGGUGAUCAAGAUGUACACGUGGGAGAAACCGUUCGCCAAGCUGGUGGCGCUAGCGAGAAAAAAGGAAAUCAAGGUCAUCCGCUACGUAUCCUACAUCCGGGGUACCUUGCUGUCGUUCAUCAUGUUCACCACCCGAGUGUCGAUCUUCAUCAGCUUGAUCGCGUACGCCCUGCUGGGGAACUUCGUCACGGCCGAGAAAGCCUUCACCAUCACCGCCUAUUACAACAUCCUGCGGGCCACGAUGACCAUCUUCUUCCCGCAGGGAAUCGCCCAGUUUGCGGAAGCGAUCGUUUCCGUCGGCCGUAUCCAGAAGUUCAUGAGCUACGAAGAAGUGGAAGCGGCCAUCGGGGUUACCAUGACCGAUCCGGAGAAGAACGAGGACGACAGAUCGCUGGAUAGCAGUAGCAGCGAAGAUCCGAAAGCGGGCAAGGAUCAGACCAAGAUGAUCAAGCACUCGGAAUCGGACGGAUUGAAUGAAAACUCGGAGUCGAACCAGCACUUAUCCGAGGCGGGAGUGAUCGUAGAUUCGGCCACGGCCCGAUGGGAUCCGAAGGCAUCGGAGUACACGUUGGAAGGUGUGAACCUUCACGUGCAGCCGGGAACGCUGGUGGCUGUUAUUGGACCUGUUGGUGCCGGUAAGUCAAGUUUGAUACACGCGAUUCUUGGAGAGUUGCCUCUGGAGGGAGGAACCAUCAAGGUUAACGGAGAGGUCUCAUAUGCCUCCCAAGAACCAUGGCUGUUUUCAGCUACCAUACGACAGAAUAUCCUUUUCGGGUUGCCCAUGGAUAAGGAACGAUACAGGAAGGUGGUUAAAACCUGCGCACUGGAAAGGGACUUCCAACUAUUUUCCAACGGAGACAAAACGAUCGUUGGUGAGAGGGGAGUAUCCCUAUCCGGAGGACAGAAGGCACGUAUCAGUCUUGCAAGAGCGGUGUACCGCCGAGCUGAAGUGUACCUGUUAGACGACCCCCUAAGCGCGGUAGAUUCACACGUGGGACGCCACCUAUUUGACUAUUGCAUGCGAGAUUUCCUCAAGGGUAAAGUUGUUAUCCUGGUGACUCAUCAAUUGCAGUAUCUGCAGAACGCAGACCAAAUUGUGAUACUGAAACACGGCCGAGUAGAAGCCGUAGGAAGCUACGACAGCUUAAGGGAAACGGGACUGGAUUUCGCACAGCUGCUGGCAGCUCCAAGCGGAAAAGAGGACGACGAUAGCACCGACACCGAGUCGUUCAAGAGAUCUGGUAGUUUGUACAAACGACAAAGCAGUGAAUCAAGCAUGGAAUCAGGUAUCAACGAAGGUGACUCAACGGCUCCCAUAGCGAGCGAAGAGAAACGCCAGGAGGGUUCCAUCGGGUACGGCGUUUACAAGGCGUACUUCAAAGCAAGUGGAGGAUAUCUGGUGAUCUGCCUUUUGAUGGCAGCAUUUAUCCUCUCUCAAAUGGCGGCUUCCGGUGGGGAUUACUUCCUGACGUAUUGGGUGAACAAAGAGGAAUCGCGGAUCAGCACAGUCAGCGACGACGUUACGGUACCUGACGGUGAUAACCGCGUGGCGGAUCCCUCCGCUCUGACCGGUCAAAAUGCAACGGACGUUCUCGCAUCAAAUUCAACCAAUUUGGUUUUGUCAGCGUUUGAUGAACUGCUGAACACGAUUCGACAAUUUACCGGUGCAGAUGACGAUGAACGAUUAACCGAUAUCUACAUUUUCUCCGCCUUGACGGUGGCAACCGUGGUCAUCACAUUGAGUAGAAGCAUGUUCUUCUUCCAGGCUGCCAUGCGGGCAUCUCGAAAGCUUCACGACGCCAUGUUCAACGGUGUGACCCGGGCCAGCAUGUACUUCUUCAAUACGAAUCCGUCCGGUCGAAUUUUGAACCGAUUCUCCAAGGACAUGGGCCAGAUUGACGAGUAUCUGCCUUCGGUGACGGUGGAUGUGAUCCAGAUCUUCCUGUCGCUGCUCGGUAUCGUCAUUGUGGUGGCAAUCGUUAAUCCGUACAAUCUGAUUCCCACGGUUGUGAUUGGAAUAAUUUUCUACUUCAUGCGGGAGUACUACCUGCAGACAUCGAGGAAUGUGAAACGAGUUGAAGCCACGACACGCUCCCCAAUAUACUCCCAUCUCUCGGCAUCGCUGUCCGGCCUAUCCACAAUUCGAGCCUUCGGUGCCGAAAAGGUCCUCGUGAGUGAAUUCGACGGCCAUCAGGAUCUGCACAGCUCGUCGUUCUAUCUGUUCAUCUCGACCUCUCGUGCGUUCGGGUUCUACCUGGACGUGUUCUGCGUUAUCUACAUUGCCAUCGUGACGCUAACGUUCUUCAUCAACGGGGACAGUGGUGGAAACGUUGGUCUGGCCAUCACCCAAGCCCUGGGCAUGACCGGAAUGGUGCAGUGGGGUAUGCGUCAAUCGGCCGAACUGGAAAAUACGAUGACUUCGGUGGAACGAGUGGUGGAAUACGACACGGUGGAUCCGGAACCGGCGCUGGAAGCCGAAGGCGAGAAGAAACCACCCAAAGAAUGGCCACAGGAGGGUCGUGUCAAGUUCGAUAAACUAUCACUGAGAUAUAAUCCCGAUCCGGACACGGAUCGUGUGCUGAAGGGGCUUGAGUUCGAUAUUCAGUCUCGCGAAAAGGUCGGAAUAGUCGGUCGAACUGGCGCGGGUAAAUCGUCCUUGAUCAAUGCCCUGUUCCGCUUGUCCUACAACGAAGGAUCAAUCGUUAUCGAUUCUCGGGACAUCCACGAAAUGGGACUGCACGAUCUGCGUGGCAAGCUCUCGAUCAUUCCACAGGAACCUGUCCUGUUCUCCGGAAGUCUGCGCUACAACUUGGAUCCAUUUGACGAGUAUCCUGAUGACAAGCUGUGGCGUGCCCUGAAGGAGGUUAAACUGGAGGAAGCCGUCAAUGAACUGCCUUCGGGGUUGUCCUCCAAGAUCAACGAAGGCGGAAGCAACUUCAGCGUGGGUCAACGACAGCUGGUUUGUCUGGCUCGUGCUAUUCUGAGGGAGAACAAGAUCCUGGUGAUGGAUGAGGCAACGGCCAACGUCGAUCCUCAAACGGACAAACUGAUCCAGCAGACGAUUCGGGAAAAGUUUGACGACUGCACAGUUCUGACGAUUGCCCACCGAUUGAACACGGUGAUGGACUCGGAUAAGGUGUUAGUAAUGGACGCUGGACGUUGUGUGGAAUUCGGAACACCAUACGAACUACUGACCGCGGAAGAUGGACCUAGGAUAUUCUACGGUAUGGUCAAACAAACAGGAAAGAGCACGUUUGAUCACUUACUAAAGAUUGCCAAAGAGGCUCACGAAAAGAAACACCGAACGGAUAGUGGAAACAUUGCUUCCGAAGCAUAAACCUUGCAUUGCGCUAACUCAGAAGCCUCAUCUCAUCAACGUCGAUCUUCACCCACCCUUCGCUUUAAAUGUAGUAAACUUAACAAGCCAACAACACUUGCAAAAUUGUGAACAUGGCAGAACUGGUUAACUAAAAAGUGCCUGAUUACAAGUGCUACUUAAUAUAGAGCAGAAAUCACUAGAAUAGACAGUGUGUAGAAAGGGAAUCGUUAGGUAUACACUAAGUACAAAGCAGUAUGAACUAUUGUUUUUCAGCUAGGAAAAAUAAAAAGAACAAAACAGCCACUGAACUCUUAAAGCUACUUAACUUUUUUUUUCUGAAAUCAGGUGUCGAUAAAUUAGCAAUAAUUUAGUAGGUAUAGUAGG